ACAUUUCUGGAGGGCGACAACCAAGGAAAAUGAUGUCAAAGACAGAAUCUUGCAAUAUAGUCUUUGUUUCACAUUAAAAUAUUCAUCUCCGGGUCUGGGUUUCACCAAUAACCCCUUCGUGAAGCCAUUUAACAACCGAAAGUUGAAAGAACGGAAAAAACAGAUGAGCUAAAGAAAUCAUCUUGUCACUUGUCAGCAUAAACUCAUUCAUCACAUCACAUCUAAUAAGGAAUCGUAUUCCCUCUCUGUGUUUUAUAAUUGCAAAGUGACAGAGCACCAAACACAUAGUUGAGGGCAUAAAACACAGGAUCUUGUUUGUGUUAGUUUCUGUUCUGUCUGUUCAUAGUUUUUCAAAAAAUAUGCAGAAGAUCUCAGAGAACCCAGAGGCUCAACCUCCCGCAGGGUAUCCAACUGCAGAAGCCCCUGAACCUGGCAAAGAGAAGAAGAAGAAGAAGCUGCUACCUUCUUUCGGAACAAAGCAGAAAGGUGACAGAGGCUUCAUUGAAGGAUGCCUCUUUGCACUAUGCUGCUGCUGGAUCUGCGAGAUGUGUUGCUAAGAUAUGAAAACUACAGUGUGUAAAGCUUUCUGUAUGUAAAGAGUGUUUUCUCCUCCCUAGUUAUGACUCCCUGAGUGUGAGGCUCCAGUAACUUAUGCUACCUGAAUGUAAAAUUUCCUACACUAUUUGUGUGUUGUGUAAAAGCUACUUCUACUAGCUGAAUGUAAAAAUUCCUAUACUGUGUGUUUUGUGUAAAA